AUGCGGUGGCUUGUGUUACUCUGUUGCACAACCAUUGCGAGUUCGCUUAGACUCGCUGCAUACAUAUCUUCUGGCGGUCUUCACGGAGAAAUUCGAUUCGAGAGAACCACAGAAUCUUCGGUGCGAAUACGAUAUUCUCUAAAGGCAACUUUGCAAUAUCCGGAUCAGCAAUGGCUAUGUAUUAUCAAUUUGACGGAAAAAGUCGGACCCCUCGAAUUGCCAACAAAUGAAACAGGUUCGAUAGAAGUCGCAGAUUUAUUUUUAACUGGAGAAACGGGUUUGUGGGGAAAGAGUUUAGUACUGAAAGACAAUUAUUCGCCAAGAACGAUAUGCGCUUCUAUUACGGUUCUUGAAAGAAAUAUUGAGAAAUUUGCUCAGGCACGUUUCUACGGUCCUGUUGCUGGAACAGUUUUAUUCCGAUGGUUGAGCAGCAGCCACGUAGACGAUGAUACCGAUACAAUUAUCCAUACAAAUUUACAUCACGUUCACAAACAAAAAUUACAGUCACUAAACUACACUGAACAUUAUUGGAAGAUAUACGUUACCGAUAUCUUGGAAACUGGCAAAGAUAAAGACAACUGUAAUAUACUCCAAAGCGUAUUCGAUCCUAAUGACUCUGGCGUUGGCAAAUCUAUUGGAGACGUCGAUGUUCGUUUGGGCAAAGUAAAGGUUGCUAUUAAUAUGCAGGACAAGUAUAAAACUUUCUACAGGGAUUCAAAACUGUCUCUACUGCCAGCAGAUCUACUUGGUCCACAUCGUCAUUUAUACUUAGUCAUCUAUCAUUCCGUGCACGAGGACUCGUUUUUAGCUUGUGCAAAAAUCACUCAUCGUAAACCGGUAUAUACCAAGGCCAUAUUUAAUUCACGUGGCAUCCGAGGUCAAGUUUCGGCGAUUCAAGAAACGCCGUUCAAUCCAACGUGGAUCAAUAUCUCAUUAACGACAAUAAAUGAUUUGGAAACCAGAUUACGGUACGCUACUAAAGUGGCAUCUUACAGAAUCCACGAAUUACCACCAGAACCAACGAAAAAUGUCGGAAAUAUUAUUGAUCCAUGCUUAACUACCAAAAAGUUAUUCAAUCCUUUGAACAUCGUUGAAAAGACUACUCCCCCGGCAGGUUUUGGUACUCAGGAUCAAUAUGCCAUUGGUGAUCUGUCUGGAAAGCUUCAAGACCGAAAAGAGGGCUCGUACCACAACGAUAUUCUACCUGGGAGUGCGAAACUCAGUGGAAUUUAUUGGGAUACAUAUUUACCGCUUUCCGGAAUCCACAGUAUUGUUCACAGAUCUUUAGUCCUUUACAAAUAUAAUGAGACUGAUAAGACGGGCAUGACUCCAUGGGUGUGUGGCGCAUUUACGCCUUAUACACCGCAUACCGAUUGGCAAAUGCCGAUGUAUACGGCAGAAGUGGUAUUCAGAUAUCCCAUUGUUGGUCGGAUACUCUUCCGACAACCUAGGGACGAUCCUGAAAUGGACACCACUAUAAUAAUAGAACAUCUCGUUCAUGCAGAUGGCAAUGCAAUAAAUAAUACUGCAGACCAUAGAUGGAUGAUACAUGACAAUCCACCGGGAAAAGAUUUCUACAAUUGGACAAGUCGAUGUGUGAGCGCCGGAUCACCUUACAAUCCAUACAAGGUGAACUGGAAGCCGAAUAGCCUCUGUUCCAUUGCAGAAGCCUCGUUGUGUCGCUUGGGUGACUUAACGAGACAUGGAAUGCUCGAAAUUGCCGGUAGAAAAGUUAACGCUGCAGAAUUGACUAGAAAACUGUUUACAGACACGAUGUUAUCUUUAUCAGGACCUCAUACAUUGUUCGGCAAAAGCUUAGUUAUUUAUGACGAUCACGGUCCAGUCGCGAGAGGAGAUCGAUUAGCCUGUUCCAUUAUUGGUGGUGUUUAUCGGCGCAAAGCGGUUGUCAGGGAUUGGUUCGGUAACGGUGAACAAAUAUCUCUGAGGGGAAAAUUAGAGUUGCUCCAACAGACUGAAUACGAUAUUACCAAUGUGGAAGUGUCUCUCGAAGGUCUUGGUGGAAAAAUAAGCGGAUAUCACGUACAUAUGAUGUCUGUAGAAUAUGGUUUAGAGUUUCCAUGCGAAGGAACGUCACUCUACGGACACUGGAAUCCAUUAGGUAUUAAUAUGAGCGAUGUACCGGCAGCAGAAGAAGGUACGCUGGAUCAAUAUGAAAUGGGUGAUUUAAGCGGAAAAUUCGGCACCCUGGAUAACAAAAAGAGAUAUAUAACAACAUACAACGAUACAACGCUACCUUUGUUUGGCCCAAGAAGUAUCCUGGGACGUAGUGUAGUGAUUCAUAAGAAAGAAAAAAAUUUAAGAUGGGCGUGUUCUACCAUAGAGAGAGGAUACUCUCCAGCCGAUGCCAGUGAGUUACGUGCCAUAGCAUCGUUCCACCAUCCACAAGGUUUUGUAUACGGUUACAUAAAAAUGACGCAGCUCGUUUAUAAAGACGGUAGCGAAAGUGAGACGAUAAUCGAAGUAAACUUACGACAUCCCGGGAAGCACGACCGCAAUAUUACCAGAAAUCACAAUUGGGCGAUAUACGUAAAUCCUGUUGGUGUGGAUGCUGCAGUGAAAGUGAAGGACACUCGAUGCGUAGCAGCGGGAUACACGUGGAAUCCCUAUUUCACACAACUAGCCGAUCCAUUAAAUGAUGAUCUUUACAGGGAGGAAUGUGGCGCAGAUUUGCCGCUUAGAUGUUACGUUGGCGAUAUAUCGUCUCGUCUAGGAACCAUUAAUAUUGGAGAAAAGCGACAGAUAUUUACAGAUUCCAAUUUCCCUCUGGGCGGACCAGUAUCCGCAAUGGGCAAAUCUAUCGUCAUUUUUGAUAAGGAUUUUGGCGGCAACAGAUUUGCCUGCGCAAAUAUUGAGCCCGAUUAUGAUAUCGUAAAAUAUGCGAAUAUUAGGAAACCACCGCGAUUUGUGGUGGCGCAAUUCUUAGAGGACGUAAGAAAAGUGAUGGGUAUUCCCGAGUGGAUGUUAUCUAUCGAUAGUCGAAAGACGAAGACGUUGCAUAAUGACGCAUGCAUUCAAUUUCUUUUGCAUUUUAGAGGUCCAAUUGCCAAUCAAUUAGAGAAAGACUUUAGCAGGCUUAUAUCCAUCGGCAAACUCGAAACUCCCAGUUUAUACAUUCCCGGCUAUAUACCAACGAAAAGGAAAAGUACAUUAGGGCAUCGGCAGUGCGGCGUACGCGAUCCGGAUGACAAAAACUUCAACGUCCGUCGUAACGAGUCUGUCUCGUUGUUAGCGGAUAUAUUUGUAAUAUUACUAGUAAUAGUAAAUAGGAUAAUAUAAUUCAAAUAUUAAGUCUAACAAUAAUUUUAUAUGUGAAAUUUCUACGAAAAUUAAAUCACAAAAAUAUGAAAGAAAUGUAUUUUAUAAACACAUUUUUUAAAUAAAAUGUUUUAAAUUAUACAUCUGAUUGUGAGUAUAUUACGAUAUAACUUUAAUUAUAUCCUAUUUAUAUUGUGUUCUCUCAUAUCUGCAUUCUGUAUUACAUUGUUAUCUAGAUUUGCAUUCCGGUGGCAGGACUUAAUUAAAAUUGUAUUAUAACACAAUGAACAGUAUAUUAUUUAUAAUUACACACACAUGGGUGUCGUAGCACUUUGCGCCUCUUUAUCCAAAUAUUAUAAUCGCAACGGGUGUUGUGAUAUUUAUACUUUAUAGCAUUAAAACAUUUUUCUUAUUCUUUUAAAAUGGUUUUA